AUGAAGAUCGUUUUUGUUCUAGCUGCUAUAAUUGCAAUUUUGGCUACUGCUUCGGGGCAAUCAGAUGUUCCACAAAAUUGGGAUAAUGAUGAUGAUGACUGGGGCAAUGCUGAGAAAGAAGACGAUGGUGAGGAUGAGAACAAAUUCGAGAACGUUAACGAGAAUGACGACGAUAUCAAGAAUGGGAUCGAGAAAAAAUUUGAGAACGUAGAAAAGAAUGACGACAAUAUCAAGAAUGGGAUCGAGAAAAAAUUUGAAAACGUAAACAAGAAUGAUAACGAUAUCAAGAAAGAAAUCGGGAACAGAUCUGAAACUGUAAACGAGAAUGACGACGAUAUCAACAAUGAGAACGAGAAGAGAUUUGAAAACGUAAAAAAGAAUGACGACAAUAUCAAGAAUGAGAUCGGGAACAGAUUUGAAAACGUGGAAAAGAAUGACGACGAUAUCAAGAAUGAGAUCGAGAACAGAUUCGAAAACGUAAACAAGAAUGAUGACGAUAUCAAGAAAGAAAUCGAGAACAGAUUUGAGAAUGUUAACGAAAAUGACGACGAUAUCAAGAAUGAGAACGAGAAAGGAUUGGAAAACGUAAGGAAGAAUAACGAAGAUAUCAAGAAUGAGGUCGAGAAUAGAUUUGAGGUAAACGGAAAUGACAACGACAUCAAUCAUGAGAAAGAGAAUAACAUGAAUAAUGUGAACAACGAGAACAACGAGAACAACAAGAUCAACGAGAACAACAACAACAACGAAGACAAUAAGGACAACAACGAUGACAACACGAACAACAAUGAUGAUAACAAGGAGAAGGACAACAACGGGAAAGAAAAUGAGAACGACAACAAACCAAUUUGGUGGACAGGAGUGUUGGAAUAUUAUAUGAAUCCUAUCCAAGUACUGUGAUAACAGAGGAAAAUAUAUCACGAAAUAGUGGACAAGAUGUUGAAGGAGUUGAACUAGACAGCAGAAGAUGGUGGUUGCAAGAUAUAUGGUUCCAAUAGGAGAACCCAGAGAAUCUAUCUUAUACAUAAUAUGUCAAGGUGUCAACAUUGCAUUGCUCUUU